UGGAGGGGGUGGCCCUUCGGUCUGGAGGCCCGAGGGGCAGUGGAGGGCCGAGGACCAGAAUGAGACUUGGAGUAGACCCCCCCACAGACACACACACCUCGCUGCGCGCAUCAUUGUAGUGCUUUCACUUGUCAGCUUCGAGACAAAGUCCACGGAUCGAGCACAGGACAGCCCAGCCUCGCCUCGUCCCUCCCCUCUCGUUCCAGUUAGUCCGGCAGUCGGUCAGUCGGUUGGUCUUGUGGGUGACUGACUGACUAGUCGACGAGCCGACCCUGAGCCUGCGCCUUUGCCUGUGCCUGCUUGCCUGUCUGCCUGCUUGCCUCGCCUUGCUCGUCGGCUGGCUGCGACGGAGAUCAUUUCGCACAAUUUUCGGCCAUUGUUUCGAUUUCGGAAAUCUCUGACGGAGAAAAAUAGAUGUGUGCUGUUUUCGGGUGGGGGCCAAACUAGGUCCGAGCUCGGACUCGAGCUCGAGCACCCUCGAGUACAGUGAGCUAGCGACCAAUACAGCGCGGGGCGAAGCGAGACGAGAUCAGAGGGAGCAAGAGCCCCCAUCGAUACUGAUACUGUCGAUUCCAGUAGCUUCGCCUGCUGUCCUGGAUUUGGUGUCGCUCGGCAGGAGAUUUUAGAAUAGGAGGUCUCUGGGCUGGGCUGGGCAGGCCGCUUUAUUUCUAGUGCGCUAAAGGUGACGGUCCUCGUGCAGAGCAAUUUCGUGAAGAACGACUGUGGGACGACGUCGUUUGGCCGCAAUUCUGUAAUUCGUUUCGCCACUUAUUUCAGAUGUUUUCAGCGGAGGUUUGCAGCUUACUGGGGCUUGCCACUUUGCCGGAGACUGGAGAGCUGCUGAAUGAGGCCCGUCUCGUUCAUGAAGACUAGGAAACGAUUCGGCCUGCAGUAAUCGCCGCAAGCUUCGUCUCUGCGCAGGAAAUGUGUGCUACGACACGAUGGCUGGAGCGGGCAAAAGAAAUUCGUCCACACUUAUCGAAGUUCCGAAGGCGACACUUCGAGGCCAAUUACAGGCGGCCGUGCAAAGCAUUAAGUGGACGUACACUGCCUUCUGGCAGCAAUCGAAGCAGAAAGAAGUGCUUGUCUGGGGAGAUGGAUAUUAUAAUGGUGCCAUCAAAACGAGGAAGACAGUCCAGGCCGCCGAGCUCAGUCAAGAGGAACUCGGCAUGCAGAGGACAAGACAACUGCGGGAUUUAUACGAAACUUUGUCAACCGCAGGAGAUGGCAAUCAGUCAACCACGAGAAGGCCGUCGGCGGCUCUGACGCCCGAGGACCUCACCGAGACCGAGUGGUUCUAUCUGCUAUGCAUGUCGUGCUCAUUCUCGCCGGAAAACGGAUUGCCCGGCAAGGCUUUGGCGCAAGGGCGGCAUCUGUGGCUGACUGAGACCAAUGAGGCCAGCCCGGAAGUCUUCACUCGGUCCUUGUUGGCUAAGACUGCGCGAAUCCAGACGGUUUUAUGCAUUCCUUUGUGCAAGGGCGUUGUGGAAUUUGGAACUACAGAGCUUGUGCGUGAAGACCCCGCUCUAGUACAGCACAUCAAGACAUUCUUCGCGGAACAGUUCAAACCCGUGGGCUCUGAGCAAUCGUCUUCGGGUCCUCAACAUCAGGGCGAUACUCUUCUGCAGCAGCAGCAGCAGCAACAGCCAGGACGAAGUGGUGCCAACGUCGAUCAACAUGGAGCCAGUGCGGCCUGGCUCUCGACCUCGUCUCCGUGGGCGAGUGUCAACGUCAGCCAUCAGGACUCGAUGGUCACAUUCUCACACGAAGCCGCCAGAGACAGCGCGCACGGGCACGGGCACGGGCUGCACGACGACGCGGUGGCCAUGCUGGUGGACGAUCAGAAGAGUAUGGGCGCGAGCGCCAAGAGCUGGGACCUUCUCUCGGAUCACAUCGACGGCUUGCCCGGCAGCGACAUCUCGCUGGACCCAUACGUGGGCAGCGGGACGAACUCGUCCUCGGAUCUCAUGCUCCUGAGUGCCAGACAUCCAUCGUCGCAGCCGCUGCAACAUUUACGUCGAUUCGGAUCUCAGCGCGCCGCCGCGCACUCGCUCGACCACGCCGAGCCCGACCCCUUGACCCGCUACGACCGCCAACGACAACAGCCGCUGGGCUCGACCAGCGCCUUCGUCGACUGGAGAAUGACGGCCGGGUCCGCCCCCAAGGCGCCGCUCCCGGGGAACCAGCAGUGGAUGCUGAAGAACGCCUUGUUCCACAUCACGCACUUGUACUCUGCUCCGCGCAGCGACGAAGCCACUCUCGUCUCGGCCGACAAUCGCAGCCGCUCCGGCGGUCCCCGGAAACCGGCUGGCGCGCAGGAGGAUCUGAACGUGAGUCAUGUGCUCGCAGAGCGCCGCCGGCGCGAGAAGCUGAACGAUCGGUUUAUGUCACUCCGAGCCCUCGUUCCGUUCGUCACCAAGAUGGACAAGGCUUCGAUACUAGGAGACGCCAUCGAGUACGUGAAGCAGUUGCAGAAACGCAUUCAGGAACUGGAGCUGCGAGAUAAGCAGGCCGAGUCGUCCCAUUUGCCGCGUUCUCAUGCAGACGAUCUGAGCAAAUCGCAGUUGGGAGACUCGACACCCAAAACCUCACCUUCUGAGACGUUCAACAGCUCCCAUUUCGAGAUAGUGUCUAAUGGUAAUCACAUGACAGGUAUAGAAACGAACGUGAAUGUCAGCUUCGACGGAGCAUCGAAUUCCGAUCCCAAAGUGCCCUCGGGUGACAACGAAAUGAAAUCUAGUCCCAGUCUUGCAUCGGACCGAGAGGACCCGGGAUUCUGCAAUUCCGACGGGGAAUCCAAUGCUACACAGGCCAAAAGAUUAGACGGAGUUAAAGCUAACGUCAAGGUCACAGCAGACGAUGAUGUGAGCCUUGAACUAAAUUGCCCGUGGAGGAAAACCUUAUUAGUAGAUGUAUUGCGAACUUUGAACGAUCUGCAACUUGAUGUAUUCGUCGUUCAAGCUUCAACGAGUGAUGGAACCCUCGCCACCGUUUUUAAAGGCAAGAUGAGGGAGUCGACACAUAGCCUUACGGCAACAAAGACCAAACUGCAGACAGCUUUGGAAGAAACCGCUGCUGGGAUGGGCUCCAGAUAACAGUUUCCAUAAACAAAACGUCUCUGCCCACGUUGUGAAUCCAAGUAGAGAGAGCAUAUUUGUAAAGGCAGGAACAAAGUUUCCUAAGGAGGUGUAGCGACCCAGGAACUCGACAUCGUUAAAUUUCUGCGAAGCAUUUCGAGUAGGUGCGAGCUUAUCUGCUGUAUAUGGUCACGCAGGUGCGGAGGAGGCGACUUUUAUAAAGCUGGUAAUCCGAAUCUUCCUUCGAAACUGUCUACCAUAACUACACUGAGCUGCAAUGCAAGCUAAGGGCCUUACAGAUCACCCAAAGUAGAAGAAGAAUAAAUCAUGAGUGGGUGGGUGGGAGAUGUACAAAAUGUAUGCAUGUUACAAUGUCCAUUGUAGAUUACAGUGUAUAGUUGCAGAUUAAUACAAGGUUGUGGCAUGCACUCCUGGCAAUAAGCUUCCGUCCCCCACGAAAGUACUCGUAGGCGGACAAUUUUUGUAAACAUCAGUCAACAGGAUGAAAGUCUGUGCAAAGCCUGACACCGCUUGCGACUAUAAAGCAACAACAGGCAACCCGAUUUCAA